UGUUUUCCUUUCCGUUUUCCCUUCUCUCAAUUUUCUCCCAAACCAAACCCUCACCAACCCUUUCGUUCUUCUUCUUCUUCCUCCUCGUGGCGAUCCGAUCUGGCUGAGAGCGCUCCCUUGGCCUCUGCAAAAUUAGCUGCAUGAGCUGGUUUGGGAAGCUCCGUUUAUUCGCCAAUUUCAAUUCCUUUCACUUCAUUACUUCUCUCUUAAUUUUUACCCUCCAUUUUUCACCUCAAUCUUCUUUGUCUCUAUUCAAUUCCAACGCUAAAACCAAUUUCCAUCGUAAUUUCCUGAUACCGUCUCACCAUGAACUCCCCGUUCAAGAGUAAUCAUCAAUUACGCAGAGACCUUUGCUGUGCAAAUGAUCACAAACAGCAGGAGAGGUCCCCUUCGGUUAUUGUGAUAGGAGGUGGCAUGGCUGGGAUUGCCGCGGCACGUGCGCUUCAUGAUGCCUCAUUUCAGGUUGUUCUUUUAGAAUCUAGGGAAAGACUUGGUGGCCGAAUUCACACUGAUUACUCAUUUGGCUUUCCUGUUGACCUGGGUGCAUCAUGGUUGCAUGGAGUUUGCAAGGAGAAUCCACUGGCUCCAUUGAUUGGGAAGCUGGGACUACCUCUUUACCGUACAAGCGAGGAUAAUUCUGUCCUUUAUGACCAUGAUUUGGAAAGCUAUGCACUUUUUGAUAUGGAUGGGAAUCAAGUUCCCCAGGAGUUGGUAACAAAAAUUGGUGAAAAAUUUGAAGUGAUUUUACAAGAGGCCAACAAAGUAAGAGAUGAAUUCAGUGAAGACAUGUCCAUACUUCGUGCACUUAAAAUUGUUUUUGAAAGAAAACCAGAAUUGAGGUUGGAAGGGCUUUCCUACAAAGUGCUGCAGUGGUAUUUGUGCAGAUUGGAGGGCUGGUUUGCUGCAGAUGCUGAUGCCAUAUCGCUGAAAUGUUGGGAUCAGGAAGUAUUGCUACCCGGUGGUCAUGGUCUUAUGGUCAGGGGUUACCAGCCAGUUAUAAAUACCCUAGCCAAGGGUCUUGACAUUCGCCUUGGACACAGGGUAACAAAAAUAGUUAGGCAAUAUAAUGAAGUAAAGGUGACAGUGGAAAAUGGGAAAACAUUUGUUGCAGACGCUGCUAUUGUUGCUGUGCCUCUUGGGGUGCUGAAGUCGAAGAGCAUACAAUUUGAGCCAAAGCUACCAGACUGGAAAGAAGCUGCCAUUUCUGAUAUUGGAGUUGGGAUCGAAAAUAAAAUAAUUUUACACUUUAAAAAUGUAUUUUGGCCCAAUGUGGAAUUCUUAGGAGUAGUUGCAGAGACAUCAUAUGGAUGCAGCUACUUUCUUAAUCUCCACAAGGCUACGGGUCGCCAUGUCCUUGUUUACAUGCCUGCUGGGCAGCUGGCCAAAGACAUUGAGAAAAUGUCUGAUGAAGCAGCUGCUAACUUUGCUUUCAUGCAGCUCAAAAAGAUCCUUCCAGAUGCUUCUUCACCGAUUCAGUAUCUUGUGUCUCGAUGGGGUACAGAUAUUAAUACGUUAGGUUCGUAUAGCUAUGAUGCAGUUGGAAAACCACAUGAUCUGUAUGAGAGACUACGGGUUCCUGUAGAUAAUUUAUUCUUUGCGGGGGAAGCAACAAGUAUGCUGUAUACGGGGUCUGUGCAUGGUGCAUUCUCUACUGGAAUGAUGGCUGCUGAGGACUGCAGAAUGCGUGUCCUGGAGCGAUAUGGGGAGCUAGAUUUGUUCCAGUCGGUAAUGGGAGAGGAUGCUUCAGUGAUACCACUCCAGAUCUCUCGUUUAUAAAUCUCAGGAGGCAUUCAUUAUACACCCCCUUCUGCAUUGCUUCUGUUGUCUAAUGUUGUGUUGAACCCUUGAUAUGUAUACCUAGACUUUGAUAAAUCUCGUGAAAAUAUGCAGAAAUGAGUUAUUAAUUUGGAAAGACAUGCGUGAACAUAUAGUUGUAGUUGUAAUGCUAACACAUUGCUGCUUACUUUACUGUCUUAAAGCUGUAUUUUAUCGCACAAUCAUUGAGUAGACCAGUAGGACAUAUUAUCAAGUAAUUUUCACACCGAACGGAUCUUAAGGUGUGUUCAUUCUGUGGACAA